AGGUGCGCGCUAAGGCAAGGCAGGGCGGCCGCCUCCAUGCCCUGCUGCGGAGGCUCGGGGAGUCGGGGCCGCUCCAGCCGCGGGGCCGCGAAGCCCCUCGCCCGCCCCUAACAUGCGGCCCGGGCGCCUGCUGGCGGCGCCACGCGUGAACCAUGCCCGCUUUGGGAGAAGAGGACGGGGCGCAGCAGCCGGGGGCGGGGGAGCUACCCACGCUCACCCCCGCGGGGGGACCCCCUCGGGAAGAGCAGCGUCCCCUCAAGCAAUCUCUGAGCAGCUCCCUCUGCCGCGAGUCCCACUGGAAAUGCUUAGUCCUCACCCUGCUGAUGUACGGAUGCUUCGGCGUCAUGGCUUGGUGCCGCCUCUCAACGGUAACCCGCCUGAACUAUGAUGGCUCCUACCAGGGUGCCUCCAUGAUCUACCACGACAGCCCUUGCUCCAAUGGCUACAUCUACAUCCCGCUGGCCUUCCUGGGCAUGCUGUAUGUCGUCUACCUGGUGGAGUGCUGGCACCGUUUUGCCAAGGGCCAGAUGCAGUAUCGCGUGGACAUGGCCAGCGUCUACGAGAAGGUCCAGCGCAUGCAGCAGGCGACACCUUGCAUCUGGUGGAAGGCCAUCAGUUACCACUACAUCCGCCGCACCAGGCAGGUCACCCGCUACCGCAACGGCGACGCCUACACCACCACCCAGGUCUACCACGAGCGGGUCAACACCCAUGUGGCUGAGACGGAGUUUGAUUAUGCGGGCCACGGGGUGAAGGAUGUCUCCAAGGAGCUGCUGGGCCUCUCGGAUUACCCGGUCACCAAGCUGCGGUUCACCAAGUGUUUCAGCUUCGCCACCGGGGAGGCGGAGGCAGCCUACCUGACCCAGCGGGCUCGCUUCUUCGGUGAGAACGAGGGCUUGGAUGACUACAUGGAGGCCCGUGAAGGGAUGCACCUCAAGAAUGUGGACUUCAAGGAGCACAUGAUGGUCUUCCCAGACCCCGGCCGCCCUCCCUGGUAUACCCGCCGCUGGGUCUUCUGGCUGGCUUCUUUCAUCCUGCUGUCCUGGCCGCUGCGUGUGCUGGCGGAGUACCGCACGGCCAACGUCCAUUACCAUGUCGAGAAACUCUUUGGGGCAGACGAUGGGCCCAGCCCACUGGAUGGCACGGGGGGCUACGGGCGCCGCAUCUCGCGUGUCAACACUGUGGACAUGACCGAGCUGGAGUGGCACAUCCGCUCCAACCAGCAGCUGGUGCCUAGCUACUCCGAGGCAAUGCUGAUGGACUCCACCGUGGUUGCCGGCGCAGCCUACCUCCGCAGCUGCCAGCGCUGCCGCCGGACUGUCAGCAGCAACUCGCUGCCCUCACGGGGCACCCGGGCUCUCUACGCCCGCCUUCCUUUCAGCUGCAGCCGCUUCUCCCUGAGUGGCGCCAGGCGGUGCAGGGGCAUCCUCAGGAGCUUGAGCGGGAGCCACGUGGGCAGCAGUAUCGAGACAGAGCCGCUGGAGAGCCCCCCCUGCUACCAAGAUGCUUUGUACUUUCCCGUGCUGAUUGUGCAUGGAGGGGAGGGGUGUCACCGCAACGAGCACAGGCCAGGCUCUGCAGGGAGGGCGUCGGGGACCCUGCUGUGAUCCGAGAGAGGAGAAGGCAGUUGAACCUCAGCCCCGUGGGGUGAUGUUGGUGGCAAAGCAACACAUAAGCCCCCCGGCCCUUUUCCCCUGCCUGAGGCCCCUCAUAAACCAGGCUGUUGGUUCUUUUUUUGGCCAAUCUUCCAUCACUCCUCAGAGUUAUCCUCCGGAGGGAAACGAGAGACCCUGGGGUGUGUGCCUGUGUGUGAGUGUGCAAAUUAACCCAAUUGUCCAGACAUUGGCUUGUUUUGCACGAUUUGUUGCUUCGGAAAUGCCUCUCAAAGAAUGUGGU